CAUGCGUGGAGCAGGAAUGGGGAAGUCAGGCACUUGCUGCCAGUGGAGAGUUUACUAAGAAGUUUCAGAGAGCAAACAGGAAGGGGAAAAAAACCCCUGAAUCUGUCAGAUAUACUCUUCUGGGCUUAUGGUAUGUGUUGAUCAUGGAGCUUCCCAGGCAGAGGUUAUGUUUCACACUAUGUGCAGACUGUCUGUACUUACAGAAGAUAUUUAAAACCAAACAGACUUUUUUGCAAGAUUUUGAUUCCAGUGGAAUCUGUGCUUUAGAUUUUUGUCUCGUCAAUUAACUCCUGAAGCAAUGCCUGUACAAGCUCCACAAUGGACGGAUUUUCUCUCCUGCCCGAUUUGCACACAGACUUUCGACGAAACCAUCCGGAAGCCCAUCAGCUUGGGUUGUGGCCACACUGUCUGCAAGAUGUGCCUCAACAAGCUCCACCGUAAGGCAUGUCCCUUUGACCAGACCACUAUCAACACAGACAUUGAACUCCUUCCUGUGAACUCAGCCUUGCUGCAACUUGUGGGUGCUCAGGUUCCUGAGCAGCAGCCGAUUACUUUAUGCAGUGGAGCUGAAGACACCAAGCAUUAUGAGGAGGGCAAGAAAUGUGUGGAAGAAUUGGCAUUGUACCUCAAACCACUCAGCAGUGCAAGAGGUGUGGGUCUUAACAGUACUACUCAGAGUGUGCUGAGUCGUCCCAUGCAAAGGAAACUUGUGACAUUAGUCCAUUGCCAGUUGGUGGAAGAGGAAGGGCGGAUCAGAGCCAUGCGUGCAGCACGGUCACUGGGUGAAAGAACAGUCACAGAGCUCAUUCUCCAGCAUCAAAACCCUCAGCAGCUCUCCUCCAACCUCUGGGCUGCAGUGAGAGCCAGAGGGUGCCAGUUCCUUGGGCCAGCAAUGCAAGAGGAGGCUUUAAAGCUGGUUCUGCUGGCUUUAGAAGAUGGAUCUGCUCUGUCACGAAAGGUCUUGGUUCUCUUUGUGGUGCAGAGACUGGAGCCGCGAUUCCCUCAGGCUUCCAAAACUAGCAUUGGGCAUGUUGUCCAGCUCCUUUACAGGGCCUCGUGCUUCAAGGUGACCAAGCGAGAUGAGGAUUCCUCCCUGAUGCAACUGAAGGAGGAAUUUCGGACUUACGAAGCUCUGAGAAGGGAGCAUGACUCGCAGAUAGUUCAAAUAGCCAUGGAAGCAGGUUUGCGCAUUGCACCAGACCAGUGGUCCUCGCUGUUGUAUGGAGACCAGUCUCACAAAUCCCACAUGCAGAGUAUCAUUGACAAGUUGCAGACCCCAGCCUCAUUUGCACAGAGUGUCCAGGAAUUAACCAUUGCUCUUCAGAGGACUGGAGAUCCAGCUAACUUGAAUCGUCUUAGACCUCACCUAGAGCUCCUAGCAAAUAUUGAUCCCAGUCCAGAUGCUCCACCUCCAACAUGGGAACAACUGGAAAAUGGACUAGUUGCUGUGAGGACUGUGGUUCAUGGCUUAGUUGAUUAUAUCCAAAAUCACAGCAAAAAAGGAACAGAUCAACAACAGCCCCCUCAGCACAGCAAGUACAAGACAUACAUGUGCCGAGACAUGAAGCAGAGAGGAGGAUGUCCCCGGGGGGCCAGCUGCACCUUCGCACACUCACAAGAGGAGCUGGAAAAAUUCCGUAAAAUGAACAAGCGUCUCGUUCCCAGAAGACCCCUCAGUGCCUCCCUGGGCCAGCUGAAUGAGGUGGGCCUGCCUUCAGGAGCUAUCCUCUCAGAGGAAGGGGGAGUGGACUUGCCCAAUAGGAAGACUUCUGCUCUGCCAAAUGGAAUUGUGUCAACAGGCAGCACAGUGACACAACUCAUUUCUCGAGGCACUGACUCCGGUUAUGAAACUGCCCUGAAGCCGGGGAAGAUGGACCAUCUGAGCAGCAGUGCCCCUGGAUCCCCUCCUGACUUGCUGGAAUCUGUUCCCAAGAGCUCUAUUUCUGCCUUGCCAGUGAACCCUCAUCCUGUGCCUGCUCGGGUGCCAGCAGAUCUGCCCUCGGUGUCUGUCACCAAGCAGUUGCAGAUGGUACCACGAGGGUCUCAGCUGUACAAUGCACAACAAGCAGAUAUGUUUUAUCAAGACCCCAGAGGGGCUGCCCCAUCGUUUGAGCCAGCACCCCCCUACCAACAAGGAGUGUACUACCCCACUCAGUCCAUGUCUCGCUUUGUCCGCCCUCCUCCGUCAGCGGCCGAGGCGGGCGCGCCGUACCUGGAGCACUACGGGCCGUACCUGCCGGAGCGCGUGGUGAGCCCGCAGUACCCGCAGCCGCAGGGGUACCCGGCCCUGGCACAGCCCAUCUACCCCCCGCACUACGACAGCCGCCGCGUCUACCCGCCCGUGCAGCCCUACCAGCGCGACGACGUGGUGCGGGGCAGCCCCGUGCCCAUCGACAUCCCGCAGGCGGCCGUGCCCCUCUACGUACCCGAGAGCAGAGACAGAUACCAGCAAACAGAGGCUUACUGCCCGGUGGCUCCACACCUCGGUCAGAUCAGACCUUCGUGCCACAGGCCUCAUCCCAGCCUGGAUGAACUUCACCGACGAAGGAAAGAGAUCAUGGCCCAGCUGGAAGAGAGGAAGGUGAUUUCUCCACCUCCUUUUGCACCAUCACCAACCUUGCCUCAUCCUUUUCACUCAGAGGAGAUUUUUGUUUUUGUACAGUACUUGGAUGAAGACCUGAAGGUAGCUGGGAAAUACAAAGGAAAUGACUACAGCCAGUACUCUCCCUGGUCCUGUGACACCAUCGGCUCCUACAUUGGAACCAAAGAUGCAAAACCCAAAGAUGUUGUGGCAGCAAGGAGUGUGGAGAUGGCGAAUGUGGACAGUAAAGCCAUGCGUGAGCAACGACUGGACAUGCAGCGACGAGCGGCUGAGACAGGGGACGAUGACCUCAUUCCAUUUGGAGACCGACCAACUGUGUCACGAUUUGGGGCCAUCUCUCGAACUUCCAAAGCCAUGUACCAGAACUCUGGGCCCAUGCAGGCCAUGGCGGUUCAGGGGGCUGCCACCAAAUCCAUCAUUUCAGACUACAGUCCUUACGAAACCCAUGGUGGCUGGGGAGGCUCUCCAUAUUCUCCUCAUCAAAAUAUACCUUCUCAGGGACGUUUCAAUGACAGGGAGAGACUGUCCAUGUCAGAUGUGGCUGGUCAUGGGAAGCAGUUGCCCUCAGCUGAACGAGAGCAGCAGCUGCGCAUGGAGCUGCAGCAAGUUGACCAUCAGAUCAGCCAGCAGACACAAAUGCGGGGACUGGAGGCUGUUAGUAACAGGCUGCUGUUGCAGAGAGAGGCGACUACCCUGGCAGGCCAACCACAGCCCCCACCCCCACCUCCCAAGUGGCCUGGGAUGAUCUCAAGUGAACAGCUGAGCUUGGAGCUACACCAGGUGGAAAGGGAAAUUGGGAAGAGAACCCGUGAGCUGAGCAUGGAGAGCCAAUCGUCACUGGAUAUGAAAAACAAGCUGGGCACCACUAAACAGACAGAAAAUGGGCAAUUAGAACCACAAAACAAGGUUCCAGCUGAGGACCUUACACUGACAUUCAGCAGUGAUGUUCCGAAUGGAUCAGCUUUGACCCAAGAGAACAUUGGCCUCCUGUCAAACAAUAUGGCAUCUCUCAGCCUGUCAGAGGAGCCCGAGGGAGGAGGAGACGGCCAUGACUCCCAGCGAGCGGGAGUGACACCCACAUCUGCUCCAUGAAGCGAGGCCAGCACACCCUGGAGUUCCUUCUGCUGGGGUGUCGGCAGCUUCCAUCUUCUCUUUUUUUCCAGGGAUGAUUGGAGAAACCCAGGAGCAGCAGCAGUAGCAGAGCAGCAGGUCCAGAGGCAAUGUGCACAAACACAACUACUAGAAACAAAUCCUGCACAUAGUUCACAUUAACGCAUUUUUUAAUUAAAAAAAUGAAAAUUAGCAGUAUCUGCAAGCAAUUCAAAUUAAAUUUGUUUUUGUUCUGUGAA